UUCAGAUGCCGUGCCGUCUGCUCCUGCUGGGCCACCAGCGACAAAACCUGGGGCCAGCGCCAACGACUACAUAUGAGGAAGCCGUCGGCCUGCCAGGAAACCUGCCUUGUGACGCCGAGCCCUCAAGGGGGCCGGUGCCACCGGCAUAUACAGCUCCACCUGCUGCAGCUUAUAAUCCUGCACUAGCAGGUCAGGCGUAUGGACCGCAGCCACCCAGUCAGGUUUACCCAACAGGCGGCCAGCCGAUGGGAGCCAGUAACCUACAAGGCGGUUAUCCUAUGGGGAAUGUUUCCAUGGCGGGUUACCCAGUGCCACCUGGUGGAGGCGUACCCUAUCCGCAGUACGCGCAUGGUGGCGUCAAGUAUACAAACGUCAGUGGUAUGCCACCUGGUGGCCAGUACCCUCCUCAAGUCGUAGGCGGUAUGCCACCUGGUGGCCAGUACCCUCCUCAAGUCGUAGGCGGUGUGACGUAUGUGCAGGCACUUCCCGUUGUUGGCCAGCCCCAGACUAACCGAGGAAUGGUCAUCGUGCAGACCAAUACAAAGCCACCGGACUACCUGAUUCAGUCUAUUCUUGUCUGCAUCUGUUGCUUCUGGCCUGGAGGAAUCAUUGCGAUAAUAUACUCCAUGCGUGUUAGAAGUCUGUACAUGGAGCAGCGAUACGAUGAGUCGUGGCAAGCCUCACGAGUCACUCGUAACGUGAUCGUCGCCUGCGUCGCGAUUGGCAUAGUCUUCUACGUCAUGAUCACCAUCGCCAGAAACUUGCACCAUUAGCGUGGGUCGGCAUGAUGCCG